UAGAAAUGGAGAGGAAAAACACACAAGUGAUUAUUGUUUUGGCAAUUUUGAUGGUAAUGUUAUGUAUAUCUUGUGCAGUAGCAGAGAGAGAACUGAUCGCCGUAGGUCAGUGCAUCAGCAUCUGCGUCUCGCGCUGCAAAGGCUCACCGAACUACGACCGAUGCUACAACGGUUGCGCCCGCGGCUGCAUACCUGCUGCCACCACGUCCUCGUUUUAUUGCAACCUCGGCUGCUCCCUUCAUAAAUGCGGCAACGCUGCCAAUGAUGCAAAUCAGUUGGAGAGUUGCUUGGAUGAGUGCUCUAAGGUUCAAUGCAAAGAAUAAUCAUUAUCAGGAGCUGGGCAUGAAUAAAUGAUAUGGAUUUUAUUCUGGAAUGUUUGAACCAAUUGAUG